AUGUUUCCCAGCUUCCUUAAGUCGGUGCUCUUAGCAUCAGGUUUUAUGGCAGCUACGAACGCCCUGAACCAUCAACUGAUAGUCGGAACGUUCGGUACACCUUACCUGUACACCUUGGAAUUUGAGGAUGCUGCCCGCACGCUCACUUUAGCUGCCAACACGUCUGUCAACCAUGACAAGAAGGUCAUCUAUGGCAAUGCUUUCGAGGACACAGGUAGUAGCGUCUACGUCAGCUAUCCCCUCACCGAUGAUCUUCAGAUCUCUCCCGGUAAUAUUGUGACAUCCCAGGGAGCGUGCAAGCAACUCUCGAUUUUCGUCAGGCCAUCGCCCGUCUCCCCAUAUGCAGUCUAUGGUCAACCAUUUGGUGCUUGUGGAACCGUCAUGUCGGUAGACUCGAAUGGUCUUCUCGUUGAGUCGAUUCAAGAGUACAACUACCCCUCUUCCUCUGGAGUUCACGGUACUGCUUUCGACCCAGCAGGAGCAUUCAUGUACUCACUUGAUGACACGGGGAACGCCAUUUGGGUACACUCUGUCGACAACACCACGGGAGAGUUGACGUAUGUCGCCAAUGUUACUGCUCCUGUUGAAGGCGCCGAUCCUCGGCAUGGCACUGUUCACCCAACUGGCAACUAUCUUUACGUCGUUCAUGAGGGGACGAAUGAGGUCGGAGUUUACAAAAUCGACACCAGCACGGGUAUUCCAGCAUACGCUGAUAUCUCAUACCCUCUGAUUCCUGACGAUGAGGUUGCUCUGUCGUACAGCGCAAAAUAUCUCUGGGCUACCUCACGAGCGCGCAAUACCAACAGCACCGGGUACAUUUCAAUCCUGGCUCUCAACGACGACGGAUCUGUAAACAAGCAAAACUUCCUGACUCCCACGACCUCCAGCGGUGGAAGCGCAAACGCUGUCACCCCGAGUGAUUUCGGCGAUCAGUUUGUUGCUCUCACUGAUAGCUCUGCCGGCUUCGUUGAGAUCUGGGAAAUGGGCGAUGAUGGUGCCUCUGCCGAUGUUGUGGCUCACUUGGACCUUAACGACGGAGGUUGCUGCGCAAAUGCCGUUUGGCUCCUUUGA